AUGGUGAUUAUGACUGGACGAAACGACGUCGCUAGAUUCGUAACAAACAAAGAAGAGGAAGAGGACGAAGACGAAUGUUUCUUCGAGUCUCUCGAUCGCGUUCUCUCUUCCUGCUCUUGCUCCACUUCAAACUCCGACUACGACUCCGACCCGAUCCACGAUCCGAAUCCGUUCCCCCUCCCCUCCGGAUUCGAUCUCUGGAAAUCCGAGCCCGAAUCCGUCUCCCAGAGACGAAUCAGACUUCUUCGCGGAUUAGGACUCAGCAACGAGCCGGAUCUCGCUCCAGCCCGUAGAAAAGGUAUCCGCAGCAGCAGCUCUCAUUUCGCUAGAUCGAAUCACUGUAAAUCAGGUGUUUCUUCGCUGAGAUCAGUGGAUAAUGGUAAUAUUGUACAGUAUACUACUACGCGUAGUAGUAGCAACAAUGGUGACAAUGUGGUUAUUGAUUUGGUAAACAAAGAACCGAUUAGAGACAACAAGGAUCAGAUGUGCAUCAUUAAGAAUCUAGAUAACGGGAAAGAGUUUGUGGUGAACGAAGUGAGAGAAGACGGAGUGUUGGAGAAGUUGAAGGAGGUAGGUACUGAUCGGCAAUUGACUCUAGAGGAGUUUGAGAUCUGUGCGGGGACAUCGCCCAUAGUUCUAGAGCUGAUGAGGAGGCAGAGCGGGGAAGAUGUUUGUAAAGACUCUGUGGAUUUGAGUACUAGUGUGAGUGGAACUAAGCAUAGACGGAAAGGGAGUUGGUUUAAGAGUAUAAAGAACGUUGCUAGUAGCGUGACAGGGUAUAAGGAGAGAAGAAGUACUGAUGAUAGGGAUUCGCCGUCCGAGAGAGGAGGAGGAGGAGGAGGGCAGAGGCUUAGCUCUGCAACUGAUGAUAGCAGAGAGAUGUCGUUUCAGGAUCCGGAGAGAGUUAAGGUUAGGCAGUAUGGGAAGUCGUGUAAAGAGCUCACGGGGCUUUUCAAGUGUCAAGAGAUUGAGGCUCAUAAAGGGUCGAUUUGGAGUAUUGAGUUUAGUUUGGAUGGGAGGUUUCUUGCUAGUGCUGGUGAGGAUUGUGUUAUUCAGAUUUGGGAGGUUGUUGAAUCAGAAAGGAAAGGGGAGCUCUUGUUGGUGGAUAAACAAGAUGAUGGAGGUAUGAAUUUGUCUGUAUUGGCAAAUGGGUCUCCAGAACCAGCUUCAUCAAUGUCUCCAAUGAGAAGAGGAAGAACAUCUUUUAGUAGAAAAUCAGUGAGUCUUGACAAUGUUCUGGUUCCAGAAACAGUCUUUGGUCUUUCGGAGAUUCCCAUGUGCUCUUUUGUAGGGCAUUCGGAUGAUGUGCUUGACCUUUCCUGGUCGAAAUCUCAGCACCUGCUUUCCUCUUCUAUGGACAAGACAGUUCGUCUAUGGGAUUUAUGUAGCAAGACAUGUUUGAAAGUCUUCUCGCAUAGUGACUACGUGACGUGCAUCCAGUUUAAUCCUGUGGACGACAAUUACUUCAUCAGUGGAUCGUUGGAUAAAAAAGUUCGAAUAUGGAGCAUUCCUGAUCAUCAAGUUGUUGAUUGGAAGGAUCUUCAUGAGAUGGUCACAGCUGCCUGCUAUACACCGGAUGGUCAGGGUGCAUUGGUUGGUUCAUACAAGGGGACUUGUUGCUUAUACAACACAAAUGAUAACAAACUGCAGCAGAGAAAGGAUGUCAAUCUGAAGAACAAGAAAAAGAAAUCCAAUCACAAGAAAAUCACUGGUUUUCAGUUUGUGGCGGGAAGUUCAUCGGAAGUGCUUGUCACAUCUGCAGAUUCACGUGCGCGUGUGGUUGACGGUGUUGACCUUGUUCACAAGUUUAAAGGAUUCCGCAACACUAAUAGCCAAAUCUCGGCCUCACUUACACCAAACGGAAAAUUCUUAGUCUCAGCGAGCGAAGACUCUAAUGUGUAUGUAUGGAACUACGACUCAGAGACCCGAGCUGGAAAAACCAAACGUGCAACAGUCACAAACUCUUACGAACACUUUUACUGUCGAGACGUCUCUGUGGCUGCACCUUGGCCUGGCAAAAUCAGUAACAACAACAGCUCCGAAGAAUCGCCUUUCACAGCCAAUAACCCUCCAACUCCUGUCAACGAUCCAAUCAGCAACACAGCCGUCACCAACGGUAUCAUUUCGAGCGCCACAAACCGUUACUUCUUCGAUAGAAUCUCAGCGACAUGGCCCGAUGAGAAACUUUUGAUGGCUGCAAAGAACCGAGCACGAACUAGUCCUAGCGUGAGCGUGGAUUUGUCGAAUGGACCGGUUAACACAAAACCGAAUGCUUCUGCUUGGUCUAUGGUGAUCGUGACCGGUGGUUUACGAGGUGAAAUCAGAACAUUUCAGAAUUUUGGAUUACCGGUUCGUCUAUAAAGCCGAGGUGAAAAGUGAUUUUUUUUUCCACUCAAGUAAAAACCAUCUCUACUCAAAAGUGUAUAGUUUGAGAGAAGGUUAGUUCUUCCACUUACCUCUUUUUUUUUUCUUUUUCCCACGCCUCUUUUAUUUAUUUUUUUCUUUAUUUGUUAUCUCUAAAAUUCAAAUCUUUAGCAAAUACAUAUAUAAUUAUUUUUAUGUGAAGAAUCAGAUAGCUGGAAAAAGAAAAUUCAUAUACAGCAGUGUUUGAUGUAUUAUUCAAGCUGAAGUUUGUGUGUAGAGUUUGUCUUUGUUCUUAUUGCAAUUUUUUGCAUACACAUUUUGUAUUUUUCCAUUUGACCUUCUAUACAUGUAAAAAUCAAUUGAAUACAAGUUUU